AAAUAUUUUUCGCUAUUCAAAAUGGCACCGUCUCAAUCAGGAAGUGGGGAAAACAACUAAGAAGAAUAAGUUGGAUACAUUUUCUUAUUUCUGUUCCUUUGACGCGACUCUUCGCUCAAAACCAACCUGCGUGUGUGACGUUUGGAUUGAGAAUAAGUAACGCAUUAGAGGUCAUGGAAAGGAUUUGCCCUUGUUAGAAAUAUUUUCUUGGACACAGCCAGCACGUGGGUGGGGUUGGAGGGUGUGUAGCCGAAGUCAACUGGUGAUCAUGUCUGAAGCUGUGGUCUGAUGCCAACUCUCCCCUCAGCGCUGGCCAUGGACGGGGAGAACUACCUGCAUCCAGAAGGCCCUCAGCUGGACAGCAGCUUGUUCUCUGUGGCCUCCUCUAAUAUGGAGAGUUCAAUAUUUGCCUCUUCUGGUUCCUGGGAUUCCUUCUCUCAGCAGGCUGGGUACAGCAUACACUGCCCUAUGCAAUCUGGAAACCAGCAAUACCACUUGAACAGCAGCACUACCACAGUUCCGGAUGUGCACAUGGAUAUGUACACAGGAUUUUCUGAUGUGGACUUUUCCAGCCUGAAUCUCCCUAGAAAUGGAGACUUCUCCCAGGACCUGUCCUGCAUUGAUGACCUCUCCACAAACUCCCUGUUCUCCUCUCCGGCUGACUCGCUGUCGGAGUAUGCUGAUGCCCAGUCCUUCAUCAGCACAGACAACUUGGACACAGUGCCCACCCUGUGGGACGUCAACACUAGUACCACCACCACACCAGCACAGAGCCAACUAGAGCUAAAGGGGAGCAGCAGGUUUCAUGGGUUGGCCAGUUUGGAUGAUAUAACUGCAAUUAUCAGCACCCCACCUUUAGGAGGAUUCCAGGCUCAGAGACCCCAGCCACAGCCAGAGGAGGAAGAGGAUGCUGAGGAAGAGGAGACAGAAGAACUGGGACAUGUAGACACAUAUGCUGAGUACAAACCCUCCAAAUCCACCAUAGGAAUUUCUCAUCCUGACAUAGUGGUGGAGACAAACACACUUUCUAGUGUCCCUCCACCUGACAUCACUUACACUCUGUCUAUCCCCCAAUCAACUAUCAACAGCGGUUUGCUAUCUGCUCUGCAGCUAGAGGCCAUCAUCUACGCCUGCCAGCAACAUGAAGUGAUCCUGCAGAACAACCAGAGAGCAGGCUUCCUGAUCGGAGAUGGGGCAGGGGUCGGAAAGGGACGCACUGUGGCAGGAAUCAUCCUGGAAAACUACCUUAAGGGAAGGAAGAAAGCACUAUGGUUCAGUAUAUCCAAUGACCUGAAAUUUGAUGCAGAGAGAGAUCUCAAAGACAUAGAUGCACCCAAUAUUCCUGUGCAUGCCUUAAACAAGAUUAAGUAUGGAGACACAGCUACCUCAGAAGGAGUCCUGUUUGCAACUUACUCUGCGCUAAUUGGAGAGAGCCAGGCAGGAGGGCAGCACCGGACCAGAAUUAAACAGAUCCUGGACUGGUGCAAGCCAGACUUUGAUGGAGUUAUUAUUUUUGAUGAAUGCCACAAAGCCAAGAAUGCCACAUCUACAAAGAUGGGCAAAGCAGUGCUUGACCUGCAAAACAAGCUGCCACGGGCCAGAGUGGUGUACGCUAGUGCCACAGGUGCCUCUGAGCCAAAGAACAUGAUCUAUAUGAGCCGCCUGGGAAUCUGGGGUGAGGGCACACCCUUCAGGACGUUUGAAGACUUCCUGCACGCGAUUGAAAAGAGAGGUGUCGGUGCCAUGGAGAUUGUCGCCAUGGACAUGAAAGUGAGCGGGAUGUACAUUGCCAGGCAGCUGAGUUUCUCAGGGGUGUCUUUCCGAAUUGAAGAGAUUGGACUGGACAGUGACUUUAAACUGGUUUAUAACAAAGCUGCCAAACUGUGGGCAGAGGCUCUGCAAGUGUUCAUGCGUGCAGCUGAUGAGCUGGGCCUGGUCAGCAGGAAGUCUCUGUGGGGGCAGUUCUGGUCAUCUCACCAGCGCUUCUUCAAAUACCUCUGCAUCGCUGCCAAGGUCCGCUGCCUGGUGGAGCUGGCUCAGAAAGAGCUGGGGGCCGGAAAGUGCAUAGUUAUUGGACUGCAGUCUACUGGGGAGUCCCGCACAAGAGAAGUCCUAGAUGAGAACGAUGGGCACCUUGAUAGAUUUGUUUCUGCAGCAGAGGGAGUGUUCCAGUCUCUAGUAACGAAGCAUUUCCCUUCAGAAAAACAGAGGAGAGAGAAGGCCCCGGGGAAUAAGAGGAAACGUAAGCCAAGAGGUCGGCAGCCCAAGGUACCUAAGCACACAGUGGACAGCGGAGGUGUGAUCAACAUAAGUGAUGACAGCAGUAGUGACUCCGAUGGUAUGGAUACAGACUCCAACUCAUCACCGGAUUCCCUAGAAAACGACGACGUCAUCUUUGUGAACCACACUAGCUGUCAGACGGCCAGGAUAGAGGAGAUGAAGCAAGGCCUCCUCAACAAAAUAUCGGAGCUGGGAAAAGAACUACCUCUCAAUACUUUGGACGAGCUCAUUGAUAAGUUGGGAGGACCAGAUAAAGUAUCAGAGAUGACUGGGCGUAAGGGUCGUGUGGUGCGACGGCCAGACGGCAUCGUUCGUUAUGAGUCACGAGCUGAGCAGGGACUCACCAUUGACCACAUCAACAUCAAAGAGAAAGACCGCUUCAUGGGUGGAGAAAAGCUGGUGGCUAUCAUAUCUGAGGCAGCAAGCUCUGGGAUUUCCCUGCAAGCAGACAAGCGGAUUAAGAACCAGAGGCGGAGAGUCCACAUGACCCUGGAGCUGCCUUGGAGCGCAGACAGAGCCAUCCAGCAGUUUGGUCGCACCCAUCGGUCCAAUCAGGUUACAGCGCCGGAGUACAUCUUCCUCAUCUCCGAGUUGGCAGGAGAAAGGCGGUUCGCCUCCAUCGUUGCUAAAAGACUCGAAAGCCUGGGUGCUUUAACACAUGGAGACAGAAGAGCCACUGAAUCCAGAGAUCUGAGCAAAUACAAUUUUGAGAACAAGUAUGGUACAAAGGCUCUAGAUAAAAUCACCAAAGCAAUUCUUGGCCACAUAGAGAACAAGGUUCCCCCUCCCAAAGGCUACCCAGGGGGUGAGGCUAUGUUCUUCAGAGACAUGAAACUCGGAAUGAUGGAUGUGGGCAUCUUUUGCAGAGAGCCUCGCUUUGGGAUCAGCACUGAGAAAGACUGCAGCAUCACCAAGUUCCUAAAUCGCAUCCUGGGCCUCGAGGUCCAUAAGCAAAACUAUCUCUUCCAGUACUUCACUGACAACUUUGACUACCUGAUUGAGAAGGACAAGAAGGAGGGAAAAUAUGACAUGGGAAUCUUGGACCUUGCCCCAGGUAACGAUGAGAUCUAUGAGGAGAAGCAGGAAACGUUCUUGACAGUUGGAAACCCUCAAGAUGGACAGGUUGUUCUUUAUAAGAUCAGUGUGGACAGAGGUAUGCCCUGGGAUGAGGCCUACAAUAGAUCCCUAAAGCUCAGUGGUCGUGAUGAAGGAUUCUACCUGUCCCAGAAGCUGCGAGGCAACAAUCCCUGUGUGCUGCUGGCUGAGCAAGGACGAGGCAAAAACUUUAUUGUCUACAAGCCCAACAUCGGCAAGCAGACCCACCCUGAGAGCCUGGACAAUCUGCAGCAACGUUACCGAAAGGUGAGCCCAGAGGAGGCCAGGGACAGCUGGGAGAAGCAGUUCGUCUUCUCAUUCAAGAAGUGCAGCCAUGCCAACUGGAACGGGAAGUGUAAGAAAAUUGAAGAGGGCCAGGAGUGUCUGCAGGGCAUGCGACUGCGCCAGUACCACAUGCUGUGUGGUGCUCUGUUGCGUGUGUGGAAGCGUGUAUCUGACGUAGUGUCUGACAUCACCAGCUCCAGUAUCCUGCAGAUCGUCCGCCUUAAAACAAAACAACAUAACAAACAAGUUGGUAUCAAGAUCCCAGAGAACUGUGUGGCCCGUGUGCGUGAGGAGCUGCUGUUAAUGGAUGAGGAGGUGAAGAGGAGGCGCAAAGAGAAGGAGCAGCAGGCUUUGGAGCAUCGUCUGGCUGAAGAACGCAUGCGUAAAAUGGAGCAGGAGAACAAACACCUCCUAGCAAAUCUGUUCAGCCAGAAGCCCAUGCUUAACCAGUCCCUCGCCCAGUCGCUGGCCCAGAGUCAGAUCCUCAAACAGAAACUGAACCAAAACCCUCUACAAAGGACGCAGCCCCAGAACCUCUCACAGCUCCAGAGGAUGCAAGCCCAAACCCAGGUGACUUUACAGCAGCCUGCGCAGAACCUAGCCCUGCUGACUUUACAGAGAAAUUCAAGUCAAAGCCAGCAAAAGCCCCACAACAGCUGGCCCAACAACCCCUCCACCACCACAAACCAGGGCUCCCUGCCUAACACAGUCAGCCUUAGCUCCACAUUCACCCCAUUCUACCCUCAGUCCUUUGCAGCCACGUUCCCACAGUUAAAGAACCCCUCUCUUCCACUCCAUCGGACCACACUGUCUCCUAAUUUGUCUUCCAAGAAUCCGCUGGAUGAGAUCUUGGACCUGACUGUGAGCUCGCCGUCCCCCUCUCCGGACACCACAGAGGGCGGGCUGAGUCUGGACAGUCUGACGGGACACGCGGCGUUUAAUGACGACUUCAACCUGGAGUCUUUGAUCUCGCAGAGCGCUCCGAGCACCCAGCACACUGCACAAAUCCAGCAGCCUCUUCUACAGCAGCACCUGCAGGCCACGCAGCAGAACCACACCCUGUUGGCCAACAACCACCACCAGGACCUACUAGAUCUAUUUGACCUUCCCAUGGCCACCCAGUUGCCCACCCAGCAAGCCAGCCCUUCAUCCUCCUCCACCUCCUCCUCCUCUUCCUCCAACUCAUCCACCUCGUCUGUGUCUCACGGCCUCCUGCCCUCGUCCAGCCUCAUCUCCACAUCCUCCUCCUCGUCUCUCUUCGCCAGCCCUUCCUCCUCCUCGCCUCUGUUUUCCAGCUCCUCCUCUCACUUCUCUCCCCCGUUUCUCCUCCCACAAACAGACUCUCUAUCUUUACCCAAUGGCCACUGCAGUUCUGGCACUCUUGACGUCCGCGAGGCUCUGAACAGCAUACUACAGGCCGGACCGGACCGCAAGUCCGUCAUUCAUUACCGGCAGCAGGACUGAUACCCUCAGCAGCAACAGCUCCUCUGGACCUUUUAGUUCUGUGUUUUAGUUUAGUCUUCUAAAGCAGAUUCUGUCUUGUUCGCUGCUGUUUAUGACCGCACCCCCAGACCUACUUAGACCCCAUCUUUACCCCCCUCCCCCUCAGGGCCUAUAGUCACAUCACUGCCUGUCCUGCGCUCGGCUUACCCUUCUCUUCAUCCACCUGUAGCGUUUCUACACCAAAGUGUGUCCUCCACAGAGAAAGGCAGCUGUUAAAAAAAACAAAAGAAAAAAAAACUUGUGAUGACUGUAUUUUAUCAAACAGAAGAGCUGUCGAAACAGAAGCUCAUUCAUUGAGGUAAUCUUUGUGUGGAAAUGUUUAAAUAAACCUCCUGAUGCUGGUUUUGGAAGGCAGGAUGAUUGGUGACGAUGCUGGAAGCUCUAAACGCCUUCCACCAGUGAAAACCACAUCUUUCGACUUUACUGUUACUUUGCUUCAUGGCCGUUUGUCUUGACUUUUACAAGGCUGUAUGCAAGGCUUAUUGUAUGUGAAACUACAGUUUUGAUAAAAGAUAGGGUUCAACUGGAAGGCUGGAGAAAAAAAAUAGAAAAUAUUUAGCUGAUUAGCCAUGAAAUGCCUCACUGUUCAUUUCUUCUACAUGCUCCUUCUUGUUUCUCUCCCUGAUUUUAUGAACACUAGCGUGAGGAAAAGGGAGAGGAAGAGCAGUCUGCUGUUGCAAACAGUGCCUUUGGAAAAAUUUAUUAAUGCAGUCUUUAAAAAUCCAUGUAGCCUAAUGUAUAGAUUUGUAUUCUGAGCAUUGGUUUAACUUUAAUUUAAUAUGGUAUAUUUGUAUUUAACGUUUAGCCCCCUCAGUCGUCGUGUGUGUUACACUAUGUUGGUGGUGGGUUUCAGGAAGAAGUCCCCACUACGUGAUGUAUGUGCUUGUAUGAUAGUCUGUGGAGAUGCAGCUGAACAGAGAGCAGCGAACUCAUCCUUUAUCUGUGUCUUUUUCUGUCCCUGCUCACGAGACAAUGUGCUACAAGUCAGCAUGGCACGGAUGUUUGUAAGGACAACUCAGCAGAGCAGCAUGGGUAAAAACUGUGUCCAAAAAGUUAUCGCCCUCUUUUUUUUCUUUUUUUUUCAUAAAGCUGACAAUGUUUUGUCUCCUGACUCCUGGUUUGAUUUAGUUUUGGAUUUCUCAGGAAUGUCUAGAGUACUUUGCUGUUGUUCUUCGAGUUGUUUGACCAACGUCGAUAUGGAAAUUUAUCAGUGGAAUUUUAAUCUGAACAGUUUUACGUCGUAUUGAGGUCUGAAAAGAAAGUAAACAGUGGCGUUAACCAUAACAUGAGGUGGAUGAUAGCAGUAAAACGCAGGUAAUUUCCUCCUGAACGCUGGAAUUAAGAAGGAAUACAGGUAAUUUGUCAUUAUGUAAGACUGUACAUACUCAAAAACCUGUGAGAUCUGGCCACGUUUGUGUGAAAAUGAUGCACUGUACUUACUUUGUGAUGGAAUUCCUGGUUAAGUUCAAGUGAUCAAAAAGCAAUAAAUCCAUAUUCAACAUUUGUUAUGAAACAGUAAUGCCUAAGAAUUGUUUACGCUCAAGAGGCAAAGUUUUGUGGUUACCUUUGCAUGGUAUGAUUUUGAUUCUUCUUCUACCUGUUUUGCUUCAUAGUGUUUUAGUUCAACAGGUUCUUAAACGCGUGCAACCUUUGUAUAGUCAGUUUUCACGAGAUGAGCGCGACGCGUUCUUGAUGUUUUAGUCAUUGUUAUUCUAAAAGUUAUUGUUAUUUAUAUUUAAGGGAUAUUUAGAUUUAGAUAUGUUAUCCUGCUUAUUAGAAUAGUUAUCAAAAUGUAUGGUCAGGGAAGUUUCUAGUUUUCAAGAUUACUAUAAAACAAAUUUUAUUAUAACCUGCCACCAAAUAAGAUUGCACUGUUCUGUACUGCUGUACAGUGUCUGGAUUUAUUUCUGCUCAUUUCAGUUUUGCUUUUUGGCGAGUAGAAUUGUUUCUCCAACUUGUAGACCUUUGUCAGGCCUUGGGUUUGCAGAGAGAUACCAAAGUAUUCCACAGACACCCCUAAAGUUACUGGCUCUAUGAUAUCAGACCUUUUAUCAAUCUCAGGAAAAAAACCUACAAGAGGCGUAACGGUGGGGCGUUCGCAGAAAUAUAGAAUUUCCCCCUCUUAACAGUGGUGAAACUAACCAAUACAUGUAUUCUUUUUUUUUUCUUAACUCUGUGCUGUGACUUGCUGUAUUUAUGUUAUGGACUUAAUGUGAUGGGUUUGUCUUUUGUCCUUGUGAAAAUGUCAGUGAUUCUAAAUGUUUAUGCCUUCUUAGGGCAAAGAUCAAAGGCUGUUUCUUUUUUAAGGAACAUUAUUUUCUGUGGACAGUUUUAUUUUUUAUCUGUGUUGCAGUCGUUGGACAUUUAAUUCAUGUUAAAGCUGACAGAUGUAAGAGUCAAUUCACACCUGGGUUAUACUAAAAUGUGCAAUUGAUCUGUCCAAGCCUUGACCCCGUCCCCUCGCUGGGACAGACGUUUUGGAUUCGACUGUCUCACCCACAGUAGCUCAGAUUGAUGAUGUUUUUGGAACUAUUAUUGUUAUUAUUUGAGUAUUGCAUGUUUUCCUUUUACACUCAUAUUUUGCUUUUAAUAUUCCUCAUCAGGCACAUUCCAAGACAUCUGUCUGCAAAAGAUUUGCCUUAGUUUCUUAUGCUUUUUUUUUUUAAUAAAUCAAGCUUUAUGCAUUGGAGGGAUACGGACCGCAUUUUUAGGAAGAAAUAGCUUUUUUUUUUUUUUU